AUGCCGGACAUCAAUUCCUUGGACAGUGCCCGGUCCCUCGACGGCGAGGCGAAUUCUGGCACCUACACUUCACAUCCCAACCAGAGUGUUGAGGAUCUAUCUGCCCAUGAGGCCAUUCCCGGCCAUCCUCUGGGCGUCAAGCCUAGUGGCAAUGCCUUGCUCGCCGCAGAGAACCUGCGCCAUGCAAUUGGAACCUUUAAUCUGCUGCCAGAUGAGUUGAUAUUGAUGUUGCUGGAAUAUCUCGAUGGUCCUGGUCUCUUAAGUAUAGGACGGACUUGCAAGGCGUUUUAUGCUUUCACCAGAGCCGAGGAUCUCUGGAAAGCUCUUUUUAUCGGGUCUCCUCCCGCCAGGUUUUCUUGGAAGGGUACAUGGCGUUCCACUUAUCUUAACAUCCCUCCAUCCGAGGUGUGCAUGCUGGAUUGCUCUAAUCUGUUCUCGGAUGUCUUGCACCGUCCGUUUCACUGUGCGCAUAUAUCUUUAGAACCCUAUGUCAAGAAUAUUCCGGCCCGGAACCAAAUCGCUCGUCUUCCGGAUCUCUCGUUUGAGGAAUUCAACGAGAAAUGGAGUGACACGCCGUUCAUCUUGACUGAACCAGUGAAACAAUGGCCCGCUUACAAGAACUGGUCCGUAAAUAUGCUGCUUGACCACUACGGCGAGUCUGUUUUCCGCGCAGAGGCAGUGGACUGGCCUUUCCAUGCUUACGUUGAUUAUAUGGGAAAUAACUCUGACGAGAGCCCUCUUUACCUGUUCGACCGGGCUUUCGUGGCAAAAAUGGGUCUCAAGGUUGGUCAGCCAGACCAGGAGCCAGAGGCUACUUACUGGCCUCCCCCAUGCUUUGGGGAGGAUUUCUUCUCCGUGCUGGGAAACGACCGUCCUGACAGGCAAUGGCUGAUCAUUGGACCAGAGCGGUCUGGGAGUACUUUUCACAAGGAUCCGAACGCUACCAGCGCGUGGAAUGCGGUCGUCCGAGGGUCGAAGUACUGGAUCAUGUUCCCGUCGUCUUCGAAGCUCCCGCCGCCUCCCGGUGUCUAUGUGUCGGACGACCAGAGUGAAGUGACUUCCCCACUCAGCAUUGCGGAAUGGCUUUUCAGCUUCCAUGCCGAAGCACGGCGUACUCCGGGCUGCAUUGAAGGAAUCUGCGGUGAGGGCGAGAUCCUCCACGUGCCCUCGGGCUGGUGGCACUUGGUCGUCAACAUCGAACCAGCUAUCGCCAUUACACAGAACUUCAUACCUCGUGCUCACUUGAGCGCUGCACUGGACUUCUUGUCCAACAAGGCGGACCAGGUCUCGGGAUUCAGAAAGGAUGUGCACAAUCCUUACGAGCGGUUCGUGGCACAGAUGCAGGAAUCCCACCCCGAGUUAUUGCAGCAAGCACAAGAAGAGCUGAAAAAGAAGUACGAGGGAAAGAAGAGAAAGUGGGACGAGAUUGUGCACGGAACGCCCGAGCAAGACGCUGCCGGGGCUACCGAAGGAGGUGGGUUCAGCUUCGGGUUCGGAGAUGAUGGGAGUGAUGUAGAAGUUCCCUAAGUACGGUAUUCGCUACUUGAAGGUGGACGCACUACCCCAUGUUCAUUCGACCCAAUGUGCAACUUGCUAUCAACGACAACCGGUCACAGGCUACCCAACGAAGCUACUGAUAAGCACAUGCCGAGUCAGAGCAAGAACUGUUCCGCAAGGCUUCAGACAAGCCUUUGUCUUGCGGUCCACUAAUGACAAGCAACCGAUUUGCUGGCCGAUGUGUUGUCUCCAAACGCCAGAUAUCCUACGAAGGCGCCAACAGCAACUGCAAGCAUAACAAAACCAUUAUACGUCAUAAAAAGCAGCCUGCACAGUUCAGCACUUUUGUUCAACGUGACGAGGGGGAGGGAUGGAGCUAGAAGACUUACAUGAUGAAAAAGCUAUAGAAGACCUGCACAGCGUACAAUGCCGCCAUGGUGAUUUUUCCUUUUUGCUCGACGGCCCUUCGGCUAUCCCUGCCUACAAC